CUUUUGGUAUUACAAAAAAAAUAGAAAUCGUUAAAAACAUUUAAAUUUCAGUAUAAUGCCGAACGCGAGGCGCCGUAGGUUUUCAGUACAAAAUGACAUCGCUCAAAGGGAUCCAUCUAAAAUGCAGAACGCUUCGCCAAACAGGUAUCAAAAUCCCAACACCGAUGGAGCAAACCAUAAUGUUGGUGGCAUGAAAAUAUCUAGUACCAAAAAUAAAUCAUUUCCUUACAGCUUUAAAAAUAAUAAUACUCUAGAAAUAGUAGCCGAAUGUGACAGUAAUAAAUCUUUACUAAAAGUUUCAACAGUUAAUAAAAAACACUCGUCAAUAAUUAUGGACAAAGAUGUCACUGCAAGUUCUAGUAAUAUAGAUCUCAUGACAAACACGCAUGCUAAGCUAAGCAUGAUAAACACAGAUAAUGAAACUAAACCUGAAAUAUAUAACAAAAUAAUAAAUUCUGAUGAAUCUAAGAAAAGAAAUGGACGUACACUUCAUAGAGACAUAACACCAUUAAGAAGAGAUAAACACCCAAGACAACAUCGAAUUAAAGUAAGGAGUCCAAAGAGACGAAUGAGUAUGCCUGAUAAAAUGCACAAUAAUGAUGUGAAUAACAACAAACGAUCAAUUGGUACAAUAGUUAUGGAUUGGAAUCAAGAAGUAAUAGAAGUAGUUGAACAAUUAGCAGAGACAUCUGAUGAGUCUAGACUGAGUGAUAAUUCUCUAGAUGGUAUGUGUCGAAUAUGUCACGGCGGAGGAGCAUUGUCAUCAGAACUGGGGUGAAACUGACUAUUUAAAAGUUUUUUUUAUACUACUUAUAAUGGCAAACAAGCUGACGGC